AUGUAUCCAUCAUCUUGUCUAGGCCUGAUAUGUGCUACUUCUAUUUCUAAUUGGAGCUCAAAUUCCUAUGUCGAUCUUACCCCCCCUCGGUGUAUCACCAAGUCAUCUACAGACUAUACGGCUAUGGAAAAACCGUCCCAUGCCAUUGACCCAAACGGAGAGGUUGUAUUCGCAUUACCUAAAAGAGUGCCCCUGUUCACCCCAUGGCCGCAAGAGUGCAUCGCCAUCCCAAAAUCUGCCAGUGGCCGUUACACAACAAACAAUGAUCCCCCAAAUGAUGAAGGCAAUCCUACGCCAGAGCCGAAGGGCGAUGACCCGGAAUUACCUCACUACACCGUACAGGUCUCUGCCAAGCACCUCGCCUUCGCUUCGCCAGUUCUAAAAAAGUGUCUUACUGGGCCUUGGAAGGAGGGUCAGUCUCUCUUCGAGAAUUUUUACGUGAAGCUGGAUGCCGGAGACUGGGAUUUUGAAGCUUUUCUCCUGUUCAUGAAUAUUGUCCAUUGCAAAACUCACAGGUUGACCCGGGACAUCAGCGUGACUUGUCUGGCGCAGCUAGCCACCAUUGCAGGCUACUAUGAUAGUGUCCUGCCGGUGAAAUUCUUUGCAGACAUCUGGAUUGACACCUUAAUACCGUCGUUCCCCACAACCCACUGUCGCGAGGUCAUGCUGUGGCUGUGUAUUUCAUGCAUCUUUAACCGUCAGGCGUUGCUUAGAAAGGCAGCCAACCUUGCGAUUACACGGAGCAACGAACCCCUCACCAGCCUCGGCCUGUCUUUACCUACUACACUAUUACGUGAGCCCCAACUACCAAUUUCAUCUAUAAUUACCAGCUAA